ACAGUCACACGCAAGAGCGGAUGAGUUUUGGUGCAGUCCGAUUGUCGCGUAUAUAUUUUGCUUUUAUUAUUUGUUUGAAUUGGGACAAUUGUAAAUAGUUAAACUUAUAAAUGCAUUUAUGAUCACAAAUUAAAAGCACAUCUUUGUUAAAGUGAACACGACGCACAAUCAAAUGCUGCCAAGAAACGAUCGCACCGGUAUGUAAACACUUGCGUAUAAAAACAGGUGUAGCUGUGUGCCAGAAAGCGGUACAUCCCCAAAAUACGAAUUCUCCAACGCUGAAAGCGUCAAUAGUGAGGGCCGCCAUAUCACAGUAAGUGCCACGUCAACUUUAAGAAAAGCUACAAAGAAAACACGAAGGAGCGAAAUACGAAACGAGUCGCGUCGGAAACACUUCUGUGUCUGUGUUGCAUUUGCAUUUGUGUGCGCCCUUCGCCUAAGAAUUCAGUCUACAAUUGGCAGUGAUAAAGUGCAGUAGUCGCGGAUUUUAAUUCGGAGAACUGAACGUGAAUAUGGAAAAUGAUAAGUUGGAGGCACGCGGCUAUCAACUGCGCCUGGUUGAGUACAUAACCAAACGCAAUGGCAUUAUUUAUUUGCCCACCGGCUCGGGUAAAACAUACGUGGCCAUCCUGGCGCUGAAGCGCUUCUCCAACAACAUGGACAGAUCGAUCGAGGAGGACGGCCAGCGUGCGUUGUUCAUUUGCAAUACGGUUGAGCUGGCCCGCCAGCAGGCCGUCUACGUUAAAAAGUUUACAAAUUUUAAAGUUGGGUUCUAUGUCGGCGAGCAGGGCACCGAUAAUUGGAAUCGUUCCAAAUGGUCGGACGAAAUACGUGACAAUCAAGUGCUGGUGGGCACAGCUCAAGUCAUACUUAAUUUGUUUCUGCAAAAGCACAUGGAACUGAAGUCGGUGAGCAUUGCGAUAAUAGAUGAGUGUCAUCAUGGAACCGGUUCGCAUCCAUAUCAUGAGUUCAUGCGACUGUUUCAAAUGCAAUCGGAAAGCUCGUCGCUGCCCCGGGUCGUAGGUCUGACGGGCGUUCUAAUCAAGGGCAAUGAAAUUAAGCAGGUGGGCAAAAAGUUAAAGACACUGGAGACCACAUUUCGUGGCAACAUUGUCACCGUCUCCGACAUGAAGGAAAUGGAGAAUGUAAUACUUCACUCGACAAAGCCACGGGAAUGCCUAAUUACGUAUAAAGCGGUGGUCCAGAGAUUUGAAAUAAUUGACAACAUACGCUGCAACAUCGAGAGCUUCUAUAGAGCGCUGGAUCUCGUCGAUAUUGGCCAUCAACCAGUGCGCAUGUCGAGGGGCAUGCGUUUGCAGCGCGAACCAAACAAGAAAAAUUCCAUUAAGUUAGUACUUAAUGACUUUCUAUUCCAAAUCGAAAACUAUGGCGUCUAUGCAGGCUCGAUUGCCAUCGUUUCUGUGCUGGUCGAGUUCGAGAUUAAGCGCCGCCAGGCCGAGACACUCUCCUUGCGGAACAUGUAUCGUGCUGUCAUAACGCUCUGCGAGAGCAUACGCCACGCGCUGGUUGCCAAGCUGCGCGACAUGCUCGACGAUGAGGAGAUGUCCGAUGAUGAGCUCAAUUCCGAAGAGGUUAUUAUGAACUUCUCUACACCCAAGGUGCAAAUGUUUUUGCAUUAUUUGAAGAAAGCCUUUGCCAACAAAGAGCCCAAGGACAUUUGUUGUUUGGUCUUUGUGGAGCGUCGAUAUACGUGUAAAUGCAUCUAUGGGCUGCUUCUCAACUUUAUUGCCGCCACGCCCGAGCUGCGCAAUUCGCUAUUCCCGCAGUUUAUGGUUGGACGCAACAGCAUUUUUCUUGAUUUCGAAAGCAUACUUGAGCGUCGCUGGCAGAAAUCGGCCAUUCAGCAGUUUCGCGAUGGCGAGGCCAACAUGAUGAUAUGCUCCAGCGUGCUGGAGGAGGGCAUUGAUGUGCAGGCCUGCAACUAUGUGAUUAUACUGGAUCCGAUUAAAACUUUUAAUAUGUAUGUGCAGACCAAAGGACGGGCACGUUCAAAAGAUUCAUCGUUUAUAUUGUUCUCAUCGGAGUUGGAACAGCAAAAGAUAUCAGAGCAGAUACAUCAGUAUCGGAAGGCACACACCGAGAUAGGCGAAUAUUUGAAGGAUCGUGUGCUGGAGCGCACGGAUCCGCAAAUGGACGAAAUGAACGAGCAUUUCCAGGAUGAAAUACAGCCGUUCAUCAAUAAGAAUGGCGCCGUGCUGCUGGCUAGCAGCGCGCUGGCCCUACUGCAUCGUUAUUGCCAGCAGAUGCCAUCGGAUGCGUUUGGCAUUGUGUUGCCUUGGUUUAAGCUGCUGGAGCCAGAGGAAGUCAAAAAAUUUACUUCAGAUUGGCAGAGAAAGCAUAUAGUGUCCAUCACUUUGCCACUUAAUUCAACGCUACGCGAAGCCAUCUAUAGCGAUCCCAUGCCUUGUGCCCGAUGGGCCAAGAUCUCGGCGGCUUUUAAGGCCUGCAUCAAACUGCACGCCUUGGGCGAACUCAAUGAGCGCUUUUUGCCCACAACAGUUAACGAACGCGUUGCCGAGAUCGCCAAUUUUCACUUUGAUCACUGGAAAAAGUAUGGCGAUGAUGUGACCAUUAAGCGCAGAGAUCGUGAUCCGGUGAAAACAGAUAUAAAAACGUAUGCAACGAAAUGCCCAUCGGAACUAAAUGAUGCCAUGCCGCGAGUGGGUGAGGUCUGCUACGCCUAUGAGAUUAUCCUGGAAGCGCAAUACGACCGCAACGACUAUACACGUCACAUAUACGAUUCGCUCCAAACACGCCGCAACUAUGCCCUGCUGUUGAGGAAGCGUCUGCCGCGCCUGGCCGCGAUGCCGCUGUUCAGCCAUCAGGGCGAGAUGCAUGUGCAUGUUGCGGAACAGCCGCUAGAGCUGACAAUUGAGAAGCAGCAACAGUUGGAACAGCUGCAGCAUUUCCAUGUCAUGAUCUUUCGUGAUCUGCUGCGCAUUUGGCAGCCAUUCUUUAUGCUUGAUCGUUGCGGUGGCGAGCACACAUUUCUGGUGGUGCCGCUUGCGGCGACGCCUGGCGUCGGCAUAGAUUGGCCCCUGGUAGAGCAAUUCCAAAGCCUGCCCAAGGCGCAGGCCCUCAGUUUGGCACAACGCAAACAAAUGCCGCCACCAAAGCCCGAGGACUACGAGGGCAAGGUUGUUACACAAUGGUAUGCCAACUAUGAUGACAAGCGCAUGCUGGUGACCAAGGUGCACACAGAUCUGACGCCAAUGAGCAUGAUGGAGGAGAAGCAGCAGGAUAAGAGCUACUAUCAGUUCACCAUGGCCAAGUAUAGCAAUUAUAUUGGCAAUGUUGUCCACAAGCAGCACUUCCUGAUCGAGGUGCGCGAAUUGACCGAUCAGCUGAAUUUUUAUGUGAAGCAACGCACCAAAUCCUCGGCACAGAGUAAGGCGCGUGCCAAGGUGAUGCUCAUACCAGAACUGUGCUUCAAUUUUGCCUUUCCCGGCGAUCUAUGGGUGAAGUUGAUCUUUCUGCCCAGCAUUUUGCGCCGCAUAUACUAUAUGUUGCAUGCCGAGACGCUGCGUGUGCGGAUUAACAAGUAUCUCGGACUGGACAAAUUGCCGCAGAAUGGCGUCAACUAUAGACCACGACCAUUGGAAAUUGAUUGUUCGCUGCGCCGCAAUGUAGAUCAUCAGGGCAAUCCCGUGCACGCUGAUGAGUACGAGGAGCCACGUCCGGUUCUAGAGCCGCUGCCCACCAAAGGCAUCGAGGUGGCCAUGGAGAAACUGGAAAUAACAGAUCUGGAGGUGCCGUGGCAAAAGUAUAUGGAACCGUUGGACAUUGCGCGCAACAUCAUGUCCACGUAUCCCGUCGAGCUCUCUUAUUUCUAUAACUUUACCAGCGGUCAAUUGCUCAAUCUGGACAAACUGGAGCAUGAGGAUAAAGAGCUCUGGACCCAGACCCAGUUCAAAAUGCGCGAGGGCAACAUAUACAGCUGUCAGAAGAGCGACCAUAAGCUGCCCGCCCUGCUGCCCGCCAGCGGCGACAAUGGCAGGCGGGUUGAACAGGUGCAGCUGUCGGUCCUACAGCGCAGCAUCUCCAAUGAGCACAUAACACCGGCAGAGCAGGGCGAGUUCCUGGCCGCCAUCACAUAUGCGGGCAGCGUUGAUGUCUUUGACAUGGAGCGUUUCGAGCUGCUCGGCGAUUGCUUUCUCAAGCUCAGCGCCACGCUUUAUUUGGCCAACAAGUAUCCGGACUGGAAUGAGGGCAUUUUAACCCAGGUGAAGUCCACGCUGGUCUCCAAUCGUAAUCUAUUGUACUGCCUCAGCGAAACGGAUAUACCCACUCGGAUCUGCAGCACUCUGUUCACACCGAAGUACACGUGGCUGCCGCCCAGCCUGGGUCUGCCCCAGAAUGUGCUGGCGCUAUGGAAGGAGAAACCGGAAUUGGCUGCGCUAGUGGGGCCGCAUAAUAUACGCAAUUUAUGCAUUAGCGAGGAGGAGGUAUUUGGUAAUGGCAAAUGCGGAGAACAUGUCUAUCGAAGUUUUGUGGAUGGCUGUCAAGCGAAUCAGUAUACACAUCAUGCGGGCAUGGACUUUAGUAGCGAGAUCAAUUUCUGUGUGGGAUUGGUCCAGAUGCCGGACAAACUGAUUGCCGAUACGCUGGAGGCGUUGUUGGGCGUGGUCGUCAAGAACUAUGGACUGCAGCACGGCUUCCGCAUGCUUGAAUAUUUUGGCAUCUGUAAGUCGGACAUUGGCAAGCCGCUGACCCAGUUGCUGGACCUGCAGCUGGGUAGCGCACGCAUGCGAACAAAUAUAUCGCAGCGUGAAGUGGAUGGAUUUUUGAUUAACCAUCAACAUUUGGAACGGAAUCUGGGCUAUACAUUCCGUGAUCGCGCCUAUCUGCUGCAGGCGCUGACACAUCCCUCAAAUCCGACAAAUCGUUUGACGGGCUGCUACCAGGAGCUAGAAUUUAUUGGCGAUGCCAUCUUGGACUUCCUCAUCUCAGCAUAUAUAUUCGAGCACAAGACGCGCAUGACGCCGGGUCAACUGACGGAUCUGCGCUCGGCCCUGGUCAACAAUACGACUCUGGCUUGUAUUUGUGUGCGUCAUCGUUUCCACUUUUUCAUCCUGGCCGAGAACGCACUGCUUACGGAGUCCAUUCAGAGCUUUGUGCAGUUCCAGGAGUCGCAGAAUCAUCGCGUUACCAACCAUGUGCGCAUUCUCAUGGAGGAGAGCGAUGUCAAGCCUGAUCCACUCGAUUCCGAUGACGAAUUGGAGCUGGCUGAAGCAGAAAAACAGCAAAAGCUCGCUAUUAAUGGGGCUGAUGCGCCGCACGUGGGUGAAUUCAACAUUUCGCACAAUGUGGACGUGCCCAAGGCAUUGGGUGAUGUCCUGGAGGCACUGAUAGCCGCCGUUUAUUUGGACUGCCGCGAUUUAACGACCACUUGGCAAGUGGUCUAUAGACUUUUUGAGCCCGAACUGCUCGAAUUCUCGCGCAAUGUGCCAUUAAAUCCCAUCCGUCAGCUGUUUGAGCACAAGCUGGCAAAGCCUACCUUUAGCCCGCCCAUCAUGGACAAUAACCAAGUAAUGGUCACCUGCCAAUUCAUAUGCAUGGAUAAGACCAUCAAGGUCUAUGGAUUUGGCAACAAUGGCAAGCAGGCCAAGCUCUCAGCUGCCAAGCAUGCACUCCAAAAGUUGGCCAAAUCCGAGGCAUGAGUCCAAUUUUAUUUUAGUCU